GUUGUGACCGCCAUGUUGUUUACUCUGAGAACGUGGAGAUAUUGCGAGAAUUGGCGAGAUUAGGCCAUAUUGGAUUUUGACAGGGAAAAACGUGCAGAAUAUUCCAGAAGAAUUAGCCAAUUUAUCGCACAAAUAUGGUGUCGUUAGCUCCCAUUUCCAUCCUGAAAGCAGGAGGUGAAGAGGAAAAGUCUGAGUUUGCUCGCAUGUCCUCUUUUGUUGGAGCAAUUGCAAUUGGAGAGCUCAUUAAGAGUACUUUAGGACCAAAGGGUAUGGACAAGAUCCUACAGAGCAGUAACCCUGUAAAUGGAGGAAUCCAGGUGACAAAUGAUGGCGCCACCAUCUUGCGGUCUAUUGGAGUAGACAACCCAGCUGCUAAAGUGCUAGUAGAGAUCUCAAAAGUUCAAGAUGAUGAAGUUGGAGAUGGAACAACUUCAGUUACAGUACUUGCCUGUGAAAUGCUAAAGGAGGCUGAGCAGCUGAUUGAGCAGAAGAUGCACCCACAGACCAUCAUUGCUGGGUGGCGUAAAGCAACAGAUGUAGCCAGAGAGGCACUCACAAGUUUUGCAAGGGAUCAUGGGUCUGAUCCAGUAAAGUUCAGAGAAGAUCUCAUGAAUAUUGCAAGAACAACUCUCAGCUCUAAGAUUCUCACAGAACAGAAGGAUUAUUUCUCAAAUCUUGCGGUUGAUGCCAUUUUACGUCUCAAAGGUAGUGGUAACCUAGAUGCCAUUCAGAUAAUUAAGAAGCUAGGUGGAGGAUUAAAAGACUCAUACCUUGAUGAGGGUUUCCUACUUGAUAAACGUGUAGGAGUCAAUCAGCCUAAGAGAGUAGAGAAUGCUAAAAUACUCAUUGCCAACACACCAAUGGACACUGAUAAGAUAAAGGUGUUUGGUUCAAGAGUUAAGGUGGACGCUGUCUCCAAGGUAGCAGAAUUAGAGCUUGCAGAAAAAGAAAAGAUGAAAGAAAAAGUAGCAAAAAUAUGCAAACAUGAUAUGAAUGUGUUUAUAAAUAGACAACUCAUCUACAAUUAUCCCGAACAGCUGUUUAGUGAUGCAGGUGUUAUGGCCAUUGAGCAUGCAGACUUUGAGGGUGUAGAAAGAUUAGCACUUGUUACUGGUGGGGAAAUAGUAUCCACAUUUGACUGUCCUGAGGCCACUAAAAUAGGAACCUGUGAUCUUAUAGAAGAAAUAAUGAUUGGCGAAGAUAAACUUCUAAAAUUUUCUGGUGUUAAGUUAGGAGAGGCUUGUACUAUUAUAUUACGUGGGGCCACACAACAAAUCUUAGAUGAAGCAGAAAGGUCCAUGCAUGAUGCUCUUUGUGUAUUACAACAGACUGUCAAAGAAACUAGAACUGUGUUUGGUGGAGGUAGCAGUGAGAUGUUGAUGGCUGAUGCCGUCUCUAAGCUUUCAAGUAAAACAUCUGGCAAAGAAGCAGUUGCCAUGGACGCAUAUGCCAGAGCACUUAGACAAUUACCUACCAUAAUCGCAGACAAUGCAGGUUAUGACAGUGCUGAACUUGUAUCACAACUACGUGCUUGCCAUACUGAGGGCAAACACACAAUGGGACUAGAUAUGAACCAAGGAGAGGUAGGUGACAUGGAACAGCUAGGCAUCACAGAGUCCUACCAGGUGAAGCGCCAAGUGGUUAUUAGCGCUGCAGAGGCGGCUGAGAUGAUUCUGCGUGUUGAUGAUAUCGUAAAGGCAGCUCCACGUCAAAGGGGACAGGAUCAAUCACCCGGACCCGAUUAUUACUGA